AUGGCCCCAAGUACCGUGGCGGUAGAGAUGCUCAGUCCCAAGGAGAAAAACAGACUGCGGAAGCCGGUGGUGGAGAAGAUGCGUCGGGACCGCAUCAACAGCAGCAUAGAGCAGCUGAAGCUGCUGCUGGAGCAGGAGUUCGCGCGGCACCAGCCAAACUCCAAGUUGGAGAAGGCCGACAUCCUGGAGAUGGCUGUCAGCUACCUGAAGCACAGCAAAGCCUUCGCCGCGGCUGCCGGCCCCAAGAGCCUGCACCAGGACUACAGCGAGGGCUACUCGUGGUGUCUGCAAGAGGCCGUGCAGUUCCUGACCCUGCAUGCCGCCAGCGACACGCAGAUGAAGCUGCUGUACCACUUCCAGCGGCCCCCUGCGCCCACCGCACCUACCAAGGAGCCCCCGGCCCCGGGCACUGCGCCCCACCCCACGCGCUCCCCGGCUAAGGCCGCUGCCGCCGUCGCCACUUCUCGACAACCCGCCUGUGGCCUCUGGCGGCCCUGGUGA